AUGUUGGCCCUGAUAUUUCUCGUUCCUAAUGUGAUAGCCGCAGGAAGAAAAGUGACAGUCUACUCUGUAGAACAUGCCUAUGUUGAUUGUCAGCUCAAUCAUUGCUCUCUUGGUUUGUCCAGCGAAGACAAAGAACUGAACAGAGCGGUUGUCAUGACUGCGCAAAUGAAGGUUUGCUGUGAAUGUGUGGUGUAUGCAAGGAUGUAUAGUAGGGAUCCGAAGACGAAAGUACCCCCAGCUUAUACACCUAUCGAUAUCAGCUACGAUGAAUACAGAGGAACCCUGGAAAGCAUCUCACAAGUUAUUAGGGAUAGGUACUUCUACGCGCAGCCGUCAAGCAUGAAAGAAAAAAAAGUCGGAUGCUUUCCCAAAGCCAAAAAUGUAGUGGGAAAAUUUUUGGAAAUAUUCAAAGUUAAUCAUCUGGAUCUUGUAUGCGUAGUCAAAAUGCACUAA